AUGGCUAUUUCCUUGUACGACCUCGUAGAUCACUGGUUUGCCCAGUCUCCUACCUCGAGAGCAUGGACCGUCUCUGCCAUCCUCGUAUCGCUCACAGGCAUCCUGUGGGGCCUCUUCGGACGCUCUCCUGUGUGUGGGAAGUCAGGGGCUGUGGCCAAUGGGAAGGCUCCGGUAUGCCCUCCAGAGCAAUUGAAGGACGACCUCGCGACUUUGAAAGAUGGGAAUGGCGUCGUGAACGCAUACACGUUAGACCGCGAGAUCUCUGUCCCGUUCGACGUGGGUGACGUGAGGGUGUCCAAGAUCCUUGUCCACCCAAUCAAGAGCUGCCGUGGAAUAUCCGCGCGGGAAUGGCGGUAUACUCCAGAAGGACUUGAACACGAUAGAAAAUGGUGCAUUAUCCAACAGCAAUCACGCGCAAUAAUUACUGCUAGAGAGGUCGCCAAGAUGGUUCUCAUCACACCUCGCAUUGAGAUCGACCCUGCGUCACCAUACGGGGGACGGCUAUUCAUAUCGUUUCCCGAGGAUUCGGGUUGCGAGACGUUUUCUGUGCCGUUGUAUCUUACGGAAGAUCUCCUGAAAACAUGGCCUGUCAUUGACGACUGUACCAUGUUCAAUAUAUACCGGGUGCAAGGCUACGUAUGCUCUUCACUGGACUGCGGACGCUCCCCUUCGGACAUCCUGUCGCAGUAUUUCGAACAGCCCGUCCACCUCAUGAUGAAAGGGCCGCGUGUCCGCGAGUGCCCCACGACGCUGGCAUAUCCAGACCUCAAGGCGUCCGCUAUGUUCCAAGAUGGUUACCCCUUCCUCGUCGCAAGCGAGGAGAGCUUGCAGGAAGUCGGGCGCGUUAUCAGCGCAUACGCUACACAUGAGAGCCCCGAGGCCCAAAUUGGCCAGCUGGACCGCGAACGCUGGCGGGACGGCGAUAUUAAAAUCGAACGGUUCCGUCCGAACAUCGUGCUCCAAGGCUCUGGCGUGCCUUUCGCGGAGGAUAUGUGGCGCCAACUUGUCAUUCGCCAGCGCGAUUCGUCCGAAGACGAAGAGUCACGCACUUUCUCGCUAGUGUCGAAAUGCACCAGGUGUCUCCUACCGAAUGUCGACACUGUGACAGGGACUCGUGACGCCGCGGUGCCAUACAAGGUGCUGUUGAAGUUCCGUCGGAACAGAGACCCGGCAAGGAUGAGCAAGCCGUGCUUUGGAUGUAAUGCAGUCGUUGGCGGUGAAGGCGUCGUCAGUAUUGGCGACCGGGUGGAGGUGAAGGAAUGGGCGACAGGAAUAGGGGUGUAGACGUUCCCCUAUUGAUCUAAGUAAUAUUGCUCUGGAUCUAGUGGAUCUUAUCCAGGAGAGUCGGGAUCGGUAUUGACUCCAGUGAAUUUCUUACAUGGG